AUGAGCAACGACAGCAAAGGGUUCUACAAAGUAUUGGAAUUACAGCCUGGCGCAAGCAUUGACGAAGUCAAAAAAGCAUACAAAAAGAAGCAGAUGGAACUACAUCCGUCUGGCCCUGUUAGAAGAAAGAUGAGAGAUUCACCAGAAUAUAAUGCAAUGACUUCUGAGCAGAAGACUGCGAAAGAGGCAGAAUUAGAUGAAUUAAUUGCAACAGUCAAUUCGGCCUUUACUGUGUUGAGUGACGAAAAGAAGAAAAAGGACUAUGACUCAGGCAUGGGGGAGUUUUCUGAAUUUCCAGGCGGUGGAUUUAGUGGUUUCAGUGGAUUUAGUGGGUUUGAUGGAUUUGAAGAUCUAUUCUCACAUAUGGCAGGUGGAAGACAGCGUUCUGCAAAAGCAAAUAAGGUUAAGAGUGUUGAGCACGAUAUAAAAUUGGACAUUAAAGAUGUAUUUCUUGGUAAAAAAUGCAAGUUUAGAGUGAAGACAACUAAAAUAUGCAAGAUGUGCAACGGUAAGGGUGGAAAAGAUGUUACAAACUGUUCAAAAUGCCAAGGAAAAGGAGUGGUCUUUGCCAAGUUUAAUCUUGGAAUAAUCACAGGCUCUCAGCAAAUUGAAUGCCCAGAUUGUGAAGGCAAAGGAACUAUGAUCAAGGGUCCCAUGUGCUCUGAGUGUAAAGGCAGCAAGGUUGUUGAUGAUUCAAAAAUUCUCGAGGUUAAUAUUAAACCAGGUGUGGAAGCGGGCGAAACAAUAUCAUUUUCAAAGCAGGGAAACGAAUAUCCAGGAUAUGUUCAAGGUGACGUUGUUUUUACUGUUCAGAUAAAUGAAGAUUCUAAUAACUUCAGACUUGGCGACGAUUAUAUUACCACAGCUGAUGUUGACAUAUUAACGGCUCUGACUGGUGGUGUGCUGUACUACGAUCAUCCUGAUGGUAGAAAAUUGGCAGUUAAUGUAAAGCCGUUCAAAGAUUUUGAUAAUGUUGCAAUUAUUUUGUCAAAUGAAGGAUUCCUUGGAAGUAGAGGUAUUCGCGGCAAUAUUUACAUUAAGCCACAUGUUCUCAUAAACCCAGCUCUUGAUCGUGCCAAGCUUAGCGAAUAUCUCAAGCCUAUGCUGCAUAAGCCGCAUGGUAACUAUUUCAGCACCAAUGCUGCGCUGGGAAACCUUCCAAAUCCACAGAAAUCUGAAAGGAGACAUCACCGAAGGGAAGAGUCGCCUGAAGGAUAUGGGUAUGGGUUUGAUGUUGGAAACUUUGCUUCUUUUUUCAGUUAA